GCGAGCGUAGUGUGUGUCCGGAAGAGAGCGGGAGUAGCAGCAGUGAUCAGUCUGUCUCCAGUUAGCUGAAUAACAAAGUCCUGAGGAAACACAGCGGCCUCCCAAGGAACAGCCUGCCUGUCUGCCUCAUUUCAGAGUGGGUUAUUGAAGCCGAAGCCUGGUGCUUCAGUCCGGGAAGACUGCAGAGAGUCCUCCCCUGUAUUCCUCCGCUACGGUCUGGGAGCAGCAUCUAUCUCCACUGUUGAUGUAACCAUGUUAAUGUCCCUCUGUGGGACCAAUAAAGGACUUCUGAUUCUGCGGACAGACAGAAGAGAGGGGGGAGGGGCGGGUUGAAAUGCGGCCUUCUUCUUUUCCCGAAGAGUCCUCUUCCUCGUAGCCCACCGUAUCCCAGGAUGCAAUGCGCGCCAGUGACGAGGAAACAAAGAAAAUGUCGGUCCGGUCUCAGAGAGAAAGCAGCACGUGAGGAGUAACUGAUACAUGACAAUUCUGGAGGACUGGGUCUGCUGGGGAAGGAGCUGCCACCCACACAGGACCCCCCUUGGUGAUAUUGUCAUAUCAUAUACACAACUACGGUGUAGUUAUGCCAUGCAAACACGUCCAGCAGCUGGUGGUGGUUAAAGAAGAGGUUCCCCCUGAGCAGCAGGAGUGGAGCUCCAGUCUGGACCAGGAGGACCCAGAGCCCCCCCCACACAUUAAAGAGGAGCAGGAGGAACUCUGGAUCAGUCAGGAGGGAGAGCAGCUUCAAGGGCUGGAGGAGGCUGAUAUCAUCAAGUUCACAUUCACUCCUGUCCCUGUGAAGAGUGAAGAUGAUGAAGAGAAACCUCAGUCCUCUCAGCUUCAUCAAAGACAAACUGAACACCUGGAAACAGAAGCUGAUGGAGAGGACUGUGGAGGACCAGAACCAGCCAGGAACUCAGAUCCAGAGAGACAUUUACAACCAGAGACUGAGGACAACCCUGGAGACUCUUCUGAAGACACUGAAGACAGUGCUGAUUGGAAGGAGACCAGAGAACCACGUUCAAACUCUCAGAGAAAUAAACAAAACCCUGUCAGUGAUUCAAGACGUAGUGCAGGAGAGAAACCAUUUGGCUGCUCUUUUUGUGAGAAAACAUUUACACACAGAGGAUAUUUAAAUCGGCACAUGAGAGUCCACACAGGAGAGAAACUAUUCAGCUGCAGUGUUUGUGACAGAAGAUUCACCCAAAGUCAUCAGGUCAAAAGCCAUAAGUGUGCAGAAAAUAAAACAUUUGGCUGCUCCUUGUGUGGGAAAGAAUUUUGCAGAAAGUCAAAUCUAAAAGUACACAUGAGAAUCCACACAGGAGAGAAACCAUUCAUCUGCACAAUUUGUAAGAAAUAUUUUGCAGAUAGAGGAUAUUUAAAGAAACACAUGAGAAACCACACAGGAGAGAAACCAUACAGCUGCAGUGUUUGUGACAAAAGAUUCACCUGGAGUUACCAGGUCAAAAGACAUAAGUGUGUUGGUCGUCAGUCCUCACAGCUUCAUCAAACUCAAACUGAGGAGAACAGAGAGGCAAAGCCUCCAGCCAGCAGCUCAGCUGAACACCUGGACACAGAAGCUGAUGGAGAGGACUGUGGAGGACCAGAACCAGCCAGGAACUCAGAUCCAGAGAGACAUUUACAACCAGAGACUGAAGACAACCCUGGAGACUCUUCUGAACCUGACACUGAAGACAGGGCUGAUUUGAACGAGACCAGAGAACCAGGUUCAAACUCUCAAAAAAAUAAACAAAACCCUGUCAGUGAUUCAACACGUAGUGCAGGAGAGAAAUCAUUCAGCUGCUCAGUCUGUAAGAAAUCUUUUGCAGAGAGAGGAGAUUUAAAUCGGCACACGAGAAUCCACACAGGAGAGAAACGAUACAGCUGCAGUAUUUGUGACAAAAGAUUCACCUGGAGUUACCAGGUCAAAAGACACAAGUGUGUUGGUCGUCAGUCCUCACAGCUUCAUCAAACUCAAACUGAGGAGAACAGAGAGGCAGAGCCUCCAGCCAGCAGCUCAGCUGAACACCUGGAAACAGAAGCUGAUGGAGAGGACUGUGGAGGACCAGAACCAGCCAGGAACUCAGAUCCAGAGAGACAUUUACAACAAGAGACUGAGGACAACAAGGAUGACAUAUUCUGUUCAUGUUCAGAGCUGGUGAAGAUGAGGAGCCUCAGACUCAUCCCUCCAUGCAGAGCUGGUGAAGAUGAGGAGCCUCAGACUCAUCCCUCCAUGCAGAGCUGGUGAAGAUGAGGAGCCUCAGACUCAUCCCUCCAUGCAGAGCUGGUGAAGAUGAGGAGCCUCAGACUCAUCCCUCCAUGCAGAGCUGGUGAAGAUGAGGAGCCUCAGACUCAUCCCUCCAUGCAGAGCUGGUGAAGAUGAGGAGCCUCAGACUCAUCCCUCCUCGGCACAGCACUAAGCUUCUCGGACAAUCUUUUGCGCCUGUAGCCAUCAGGCUGCACAACCAAGGGUUAACCCUGUAACCCAUUAUACAUAACCUGCAUCUUCAUCAAUAUCUCAACUCUUUGAUAUUAAUUUGUAACCCUCUGUGUUUUAUUAGGGAUGCAACGAUACCGAUCCCAUUAACGGGUAUCAGGCCGAUGCUGUCCUCAUGUACUCGUACUCCUAUCGGUGCAUCCCUAACUUUUGGUGAAAUCUAAAUGUCUUCCUCGUAGGUCUUCCGAUAUCUUUUUUUUGCGAGGCAUGGUUCACAUCAGAAGUUAAAACUUGUGAAUAGAAAAUACAAAUGUUUGAAGGAUUUUUAUAAGUUAACGCUGGAGCAGCACUUAUCGUGUUUCACCGAUUAAAACAAAGUGUUUUAACUCCUGACUCAAUUAGUUUUUGUUCAAUUCUAGGAGGUCACAUACUUUUAGUGAUUUAAUCAAAAUGGACACGAAUACAUGUGUGUUCUACAAGAUGAAGCGGAUUGUGAUUGUCUAUAAGUGUGACUUACAUGAAGAUCA